AAACAGUUUCUCUUGUGCAAAAAAAUAUUGAAGAAAAUCCAAAAGACGUAAUUGUGCUCGCUGGGGUUUCGGGAGGUGGAAAAACAUCGACAACAUUUGGAAUUGCUAUGGAACAUUGGUCAAUAUAUAUUGAUUGUUCUCCUACUGUGGGUCAAUAUGGUAAUCAUGCGGAGGUAGAACUUAGACAUAUCAGAACUAAACAACCGAAGUUCGAACAGUAUGAUCAGCAAGAGUAUGCAUACCACAAGCUGGACACAAUAAUACUCUCACGUGGACUUUUACUUAUCAAGAUGAUUACUGAGAGAAAAAUUUCAACACCAAAGGAAUGGCUGUUUGUACAACUUCAAAUGAAUGAUUAUGAAAUCCGAAAGACUUUAGGAUCUGAAAAUUAUGACCAUUUUACUGUUAUUGAACUUAUCGACAUGAUUAAUGCUUUUCUCAAAGUAGAUUAUCUAACCUUAAUAUUUGAUGAGGCACAAAUCCUAUGUAGAUCUCAAUAUGGAGAAUAUCAAGGAAGUUCAAUUGAGGGUAAAAAAUGGAGUCUUUUGCAGGGUUACAUCGCACAUCUUACUCAACUUCCCGUUACCUGCCUUCUUGCUGGCACUUACAUGCAUAUGGCGAGUGGAAUUUCUCUCGUCACUAGUGUUGGAAAAGCCCCAUAUUUGGAUGCUCAUAUUAUACUAAAGCUUCCCUUCCUCUCACGCGAUGAUGUCCUGCGGAACCUUGACGCCGUAAUUGACCUGACAGAUGUUACGCCUGAGAUUCGCGACUACUUGGGACAUGUUCUCAGGGGACGACCUCGAAACUGUGCAUCAUUU